AUUACAAACUGUUUUGGAUACCUUCUUCAUUGCAACUGCAUUGGGUAACAUGUAAAGAUUUGUCACAGUAGAAACGAUAAAUUCGUAUGUUAUGCUUUUAUAGCGCAAGAACAAUAAAAAGUAAAUUUUUAGUUAAAAGGUUAAUGCUGUCUGUGGGUCGUUUGGUGGCUUUUUGCUGUGAAAACAGUGAUAAGGUUGAGGAGUUAGCCACCUGUUGAUCCAUCGAGCAACCCUGUUUACAUUUAGCGAGCGUAGUUGUGCUGGUGUAGCCUCGAAUACUUAAAACAUAGCCACAUGCUGAUGAAGUUAAAGGUCUUCUGGAGCUUUUCAACCGUUCACACAAGCGGUAAAUGUUGCUUCAGCGCCGGAAAGCUAAAUAUGCACCCGGUAAUAGUCUGAUGUUUGACAUCAAAGAGCUAAUCGGUUUGAGGGAGCUCAGCCUACACAGAAGCUGAGUCAGUCAGAUGGCCGUGGUGAUGAACAGGUUCCGUCCUGGCUGCCUGAUGUUAUAAUAUCUUGUGGGACGGCUGAGAGACGGAUUGUUGCUGCAUGCAUCAUUCAACAGUUGUUCUGUAGAGAUGGAGUCCAUUUCUGCUUUGAGGAAGAAGGUUGGCUGUGUGCGGCAGGAAAACGCCUGUCUGGCUCUGCAGGAUGAGCAGCUCAUCAGUGACCUGGAUGCAAUGCAGGCUACCUCCAAGUCUCAGGUCUACCUCAGGGGCCCUAGGGCUGGGGUUCACAACAAUGUGGUGGUCAUGAGUGAACAGAUUCGUCAGCUUGAAGCGGAGCUGGAGGCUCAGGCCAAAGAACUUAAGGCAGCAGAGCUGAGGGCAGAGUGUUGUCAGGAAGCUGCAGCUCACAGCGACAUUGUGGUAGCGACUCUUACUGAAGAGCUGAGCACACUCAGGGAGGAGCUGGAAAACAAGACGGCGUUAGGAAAACGGGCAGAGCAACAGAGGAAUCAAGCACUUGAAAAUGCAGAGAAGCUCAAAGAAGCCUUCAAAGAUUAUAAGGCUACAGUUUCCAUUAAGCUUAAAAGGGUGAUGGAGAGUGAAAACAAACUAAAAGGAAGUCUCAUAGAGUGUGACCGAGAGAAAGAGGAGCUGGAGAGGGAGAAGGCAGAACACAGACAGACAAUUAGUCAGCUGACGGAGGAGGUGAAACAGUUUAAGACUGCGGCCGCUAGCCUCCAAGCCCAAAUCGAAGAGGCUGGACAUAAAGCUUCGCACCUGGAGCGGCAGCUUAUGGAGCGAGGUGCAGAGUGCAGGGAUGUGGCCUCUUUGCGCAGGGAACUGGAAGACCUGCGGGCUGUGACCCACAGCCAGGAGCAGAAGGUCGCCCAGAGCCAGAAAGAGGCUCAGCAGAGCCAGACAGAGCUGGCCGGCUUGGAGGCCAUACUGGCCCUGCUGCAUCUGCGAGAGGGUACUUUGGGGCAAAUCUGUGCCAGUCCUUGCAUGUUGCCCCCAGUGGACUAUACGGGAGCUGCACACCUGAUGAAGCUAAAGCCAGGUGAGGGCUACCAGCAGCUCACGCGAGUGCUGCAGUCAAAGGAAGCUGAGCGGCUGAAACAGAGCAACCUGAUCGAGCGGCUUCAGGAUCGUCUGAGCAGGGCCCAGGAGGAAAUCUCCUCCCUGCAGAGCUCCAUGGCCCAGAGAGCCUCCCACUACCAGAGCCUCCACACAGAGCUGCUGGACAAACUCAAACAAGCCACAGACACCGAGAAAGAGUUAAAGAAGAAAAAGGCACGAGUUGCCGCACUGGAAAAGCAGUUACAGGAGAAGACUUCAGCCUACAGUCUGGCUGCACUGAAAAACACUGAGCUGGAGACUCAAUUACAGGAGAAGACCAGCAGCGUCCAGCAUUACCAGUCACUGCUGACCAAAAAGCAACGAGAGCAUCAGCAGUCUCUGGAAAAGUGUCAGCAGUCUCAUUCUCACCAAUUCACAGAGCAGCAACAAAGAAUACAAAUGCUGCAGUUGUCUCUGGAAGAGGUUCAGCCUCGGGUGGCAGAGAUGGAGCAGGAGUUGAGUUCCCUCCAGAGGGAGCGAGACGAGGCUCAGAGAACAGCUCUGUUGCUGCAGAACUCUCUAGAUCAGCUCACACAGGAGAAGCAGGUGGAAGUCAGACAGAACGAGGAGUUUCUCCAGAGUUUCAAAGAGCAGGCAGCUCGCUCUGCAGCCAAGGUGUGUGAGCUGCAGUCGUCUCUGUCAGCAUGCAGAAAAGAGAUGAACUCAUACCUGCAGCAGAUAGAAGAGAUGAAGAAGAACUACGAGACCGAGCUGGAGAGGAACAAGGAGAAGGUGUCCUCUCUGCAGGAGAAGCUUCACAGCACCACUCUGGUUUGUCAGAGCUCCAGUGAGGAGAACCUGCAGCUGCAGCUUUCUCUCCAGCAGCAGCAGACCAUGCUCACAGAGAGCAGCGCUCGAGUUUCUGAGCUGGAGGAGAGCCAAAGCCAGCUGCACAGGCAGGUGUCGGGUCUGGAGCAGCAGCUGGAACGAGCCCGAGUGUCUCUGCAGGAAGAAUUAAGCAAGAGACAGGAAGAUAAUCAGGGGAAGGAGAAGACGCUGCGGGAGAUAAACCAGCAGAAUGAAUGGCUCUCCGAGUCUGUGAGACAUCUCACAUUAGAGGUGAAAAAGUGCAGGGAGGAGCUAGUGUCCAAGGAGUCAGAGCUGGAGCGUCUGAGGAAGGAUGUCGGUGUUAAGACUUCUCAGAUCAGCUGUAUGGAGGAGAGCCUGCAGCACAUAAAGAGCCAACUCAUCAGCAAGAAUGACAUUGUUAUGGAUCUGGAGAAGGCGCUUAAUCGUAGUGAGGCAGAUCGGCGCAGCUGUUCUCAGAAAGUCGAAAUCUUAGAGGGGCAGCUGCAGAUGGUGCAGAACGAGUUGGCUGACACUCUGAAGCAACUACAGGAACUCAAGGAUGUUUUACAGAAAACCCAAAAGGUUUCAGAUGAGCGGCAAGCCUCAGCGGAAAAACUGACUGUCCAGCUGAGGGAGACCCAAAGGGAGCUGGAGGAGAGAACUCACGAGGUUUUAGACAUGGACAACGCCCUGAGGGAAAGACAGGGGGAGCUCCAACAGAGAGCAAAGCUGCUUGGCCAACUGGACGUGGCCAUCAAAGAGCACAAGCAGGAGCUGGAGAGGAAGGUGGAGUCUCUGCAGCAGAGCCUGGAAGCCAGAGAGAGAGAGCUGAGGGACGCACAGAGGGAGCUCACUGACAGAAACAUGAAGGAGUCCCAGGAGCUGUUUGCAUGUCAGCAGAAACUUCAGAAAGUUCUCAAAGAGCUUGAAGAAACUCAGGGUCACUGUGAGGGUCUGACCAGAGAGCUGGAUGCCGCCAAGCUGCAGACCAAAGAGACGGAGGCCCAGCUGUGUGGUGUAGAGGAGGAGCUGACUCUGAAGGAGGCGCGCUGGCUGCAGUCGGAGGCCAGGCUUCAGGGCAUGGUCACCGGCUUAGAGCAGGAGCUGGAGCUGGAGAGGGAGCAGCAUAGCAAAGAGCUGGAGUCUCUUCAGGAGACUCGAGGCCAGCUCCUCAAAGUCUCGGAGCAGAUCUCCUCCACAAUGCGCUCCUCCCAGGAACAGCUCACUGUUAAACUUCAGCAGAGCCAGACCCAGCUCGAAGAAGCCAGGGUCCGCUUGGAUCAGACCAAAGCCCAGCUGGACCAAUCUAAGACGGAGCUUGAGCACGCCUGGAAGCGAGCUACUCACCUCCAAUCACAGUUAGACCAGAGCCAGACACAGCUCCUUCAGAGCCAGACUCAGCUGGAACAGAGCAGGAGUCUUUACGAGCAAACUAGAGCCCAGAACAGUCGUCUGCAGGCACAGCUGGAGCAUCUCACUGCUGUGCUAAAUCAAACCAGAGUCGAGGCCGCCCAGCUCCAGAGUCAGCUCCAUGCCUCCGAGAAGUCUGUGGAGACCUCCAGUGAUUCCCUCCUCAUCAAGGAGUCUGAGGUGGCUCGUCUCCAGGCCAGGAUCUCCAGUUUGGGACGAGCUGCAGACCGACAACAUCUGUACAAUCACAGCCCGUCUAUCUCUUCUCUGCACAAAGUCACAGACUCUCCCCAGCUCUGCCUCUCUGCUCCUUCCCCUGCAUCCUCCCCCAAAAAGCUUCAGACGACUAUCAGCUCUCCUCCUCAUGCCCGUUCCUCACACCUAAGCUCCCCAACACAUGCGCAGAUGUGUUUAUCGCCCUCUGCUCGCUCAUACCUUAAACCCACCUCGGCUCUUCAUCUCUCGGAGAGCCGACAAACGUGUGACUGGCUGCAGAGCAGCAGUAUUGACUCCUCCUUGGACCUCCCUGAGAGCGUAAAAGCCACACUGAGAGAGGCUUUGAGUAAGCAACCAUGGGAGUCUUUGUCACACUCAAUUUCCUCUUUACCAGGCACAGUGGACCACAGCUGGCAGGGCCUCAGUGCCUCAGAUGCCACAGUAAUCUCUGAUAACUCCUUCAACCCGCUUACUUACAUGGUGGACAGAGAAAGUGACAGAAAUCCACACGUGGAAGGCAUCGUGAUGGAGAGGGAUGAAGGCGAGCUGCUCAGUGAUUCGAGGAGGGAGUCUGUGAGCACUCUGGUGGGUCAGGAGGAACAGGCUGAUAUGAGUUCACUGACAGGCAUGCUGAAGUUUGUCAAUCAGACACUGGCCAUGCAGGAAGAUCCUUCUUUAUGGAGAUCCAUAAACCUACCACAUACAUGACGCAGCCUCAGGUUAAAACACUCAUUUAACGGUGAGUUAGUUGGUCAUUUACACUCAACAACAUGCACAGUUCCUGCAAAAUUUCACUUCUUUUUUUGCCUCCUUUGCUCGGUUUUGCUCGAUGGGUUCAAGGGGUGGUGCGGGCAGCAAAAGCAAACGGCCUCCCAGCUGUCGUCACAUUUAAAUUUAAAUGUCACUGAGCCCUGAUUGGUUCACAUCACACUUUUUACCAAGCGAUCAAAGGCCACUGAAAAGCCGUGAUGAAAUGAAACCUGUGUCCCAGAAUUAUCUGCUCUGUUACAGGAAAUUACAGUUUUAUUCAGGACAACAUCACUAUUACUAACAGGUCAUCAAAGGUCAUGAAACAUAGACACUGAAGGAGGCUUUAUAGAGAGAAGGUGCUAAUGAUGGAUGUUAAUUUUUGUUUUUAGAGGGACGUCAGAGAGGAGGAGAGUCGUUUUGCAUUUCUGUUGUUUAAAUAGGUUUCUGCAUUCAUCAACAUUAUUAUUAAGAUGACCACUACUAUAGCAGACUGUAAAUAAUCCACUGUGAUGUUUUAUUCCAAAUUGUAGCAUUCUUGUUUCAUGUAUUUUUUAUUAUAGCCAAUAUUUAUUUGUUCUUAAAUAAGCUAAUUUAAUUAAAGAG